GGCGGCCAAGGUGAUGAGGAGUAUUUCCACGACUUCUAUAUUUCAGUGCUCAACACUAAGAACAAUAAGUGUUACACUUCUAUCAAGGCUGAAUAGUUCAUGUAGUGCAUCAAUGACGAGACUCAAAAAGGACACCUAUCCAAGAAUGUACAAAGUGAGACUUGUUCAACCYGAUGGCUCUACAUACUCRAUCAGAUACCAUGAACCACGAAAGAUUAUUUGCCUGCCAGUCGACCCAUCKACACUCACAGAAGAAGAAAGAAAAGAAAGGUUAAGAAGACUUAAACCUGAGAAACCCAAGAAAAUCUAUCAAAUUGAAGAUGAUGAUGGAGACUUUGACCAAAGGUCAUGGACAAAUUUGAUUAGCAAAAAAACUUAGGAUUUCUUUUAAUGAUGCUUUUAAUUAUUUGUAAAUAAAUAUUUCUUUGAUUAACA